AUGACAAUCACAACAGAGAGAAUCAUCGUUUCCACACGCGCAAGCAGCUCAAGCGACAAAGAUUCCCCCAAACCGCCUCCGAAAAUCUACAAUGUCCAAGAAUACCCUUUCAAGGGUUACCAUCCGCCUCAACCGGACGGGUAUGAACAGAGCAAGGCAUCUCCGCAUUCGAGCGCGAUUGUGAUUGAUAAUGGCGCCCACACCGUCAAAGCAGGCUGGUCAUUCGACAAAUCCCCGCGCUUCAUCUUCCCGCCCGUAAUGAGUCGUUAUCGAGAUCGCAAGCUAAACAAAGCUUGCCAAUUCAUUGGCUACGAUGCCUACGUCGACGCUACCACAAGAGGACAAUUACGAUACGCUUUUGAUCCCGGUACCAGUAUCGUCGGAAACUGGGAUGUUAUGGAGGGAGUAUUGGAUUACGUGUUUCUGAAACUGGGUGUGGAUGGCUCUUCAGAGGGUGCGGUCGAUAGACCGAUUGUUAUGACGGAGCCGAUUGCCAAUCUUGCGUAUCCGCGACGGGUGAUGAACGAGAUAUUGUUUGAAUGUUAUGGUGUGCCCUCAGUCGCGUACGGGAUCGAUUCGUUGUUUUCGUAUCGGUAUAAUCGUGGCACAGAUGGGUUGAUUGUGUCAUCUUCGCAUACGUCGACACAUGUGGUUCCGGUUUUGAAUUCGAAGGCAUUACUUUCGAAUGCGACGAGGCUCAAUUGGGGGGGUCAACAGGCAUCGGAGUAUUUGCUGAAGUUGAUGCGACUCAAAUAUCCGACUUUUCCGGGUCGAAUGGUCGAGCAUCAAAUGGAGGAUUUGCUGCAUAAACUGUGUUACGUGUCUACAGACUACAAUGAGGAAUUGGUUCAUUUCUUGGACUGGACUGGUCUCGAAGAUCGGGAUUAUGUCGUUCAGUACCCGUUCACCGAACAUGUGGUCGUCGAAAAGACGCAAGAAGAACUGGACAAGAUUGCAGAACGGAAAAAGGAGAGCGGACGACGAUUACAAGAGCAAGCGGCAAAAAUGCGAUUGGAGAAAUUGAUGAAGAAAGAGCAAGAACUGGAGUACUACAAGGAUCUUCAACAGGGUCUGGCACAACAGACCAAAAAGGAGGUUCGACGAAUCCUGGAGGCUGAAGAUAUGAAAGAUGAGGCGCAGCUAGAACGCACAAUCAAGGAGCUGGAACGAUCUAUCAAACGAUCACGGAAUAAGGAUCUAGGCGUCGAUGAAAACGAGGAGAAUCCAGAAGAAGCUUCGUUUCCUUUACUCGAUGUUCCCGACGAGGAAUUAGACGAAGCUGGUCUUAAAGAGAAACGUCACCAGCGAUUAAUGAAAUCGAACAUGGAAGCUCGUCAACGCGCCAAAGCAGAGAAAGAGGCCGAAAAUGCCCGUCUUGAAGAAGAGCAAAGACUCGACGACGAGCGCCGCGAGAACGAUUUCGAAGUGUGGAUCGGCGAGAGACGCGCUGCUCGCGAGGCACUACUCCAAAAGAUCAAAGAACGCGAACGGCUCAAAGCCGAUCUUGGAAACCGCAAAUCGCUCGCGAGCCAAAUGCGUAUGAAGACACUUGCCAAUCUUGCGUCGGACGGCCCCAAGAAACGACGAAGAGGCGGUGACGAUGAUGACUUUGGCGCCGACGACGCGGAUUGGGGUGUAUACCGAACUGUAGCUACGGGGGCCGAUCAAAGCGACGAUGAAGAGGAGGAAGAUUUGACAGCGACACUGAAAACGCUGGAGGAUCAAUUACUUCAAUACGAUCCGGAAUUUACGCAUGAACACACUCUGGACGCACAAUCGGAUUGGACCAAGAGUUUAAUUCAUGUAUUUCUACGGGGACCAUGGCCGUUUGAUCCUGAGAGUCAACGUGAAGCACACCAGAUUCAUUUGAAUGUGGAACGAAUCCGGGUUCCGGAGGUGGUCUUCCAACCUUCCAUAGCCGGUGUUGAUCAAGCAGGUCUCGUCGAAAUCGCAGCGGAUAUCCUGAAUCAACGAUUCACGGUCGAAGAGGAUCGGAACCGGUUGUUGAAAGAUGUGUUUUUGACGGGCGGGAACACCCUAUUCAAAGGGUUCGAUGAACGACUGAGGACGGAGUUGGUCAGGGUUUUGCCUGCGAAUGCGCAAUUGUCUGUUCGGCGGGCGGCGGAUGCGGUUCUGGAUGCUUGGAAGGGAGCUGCGCAGUGGGCGGCGACGGGGGGGUUGGCGACUGGGUCGAUUUCGAGGGCGGAGUAUCAGGAGAAGGGGAGUGAAUAUUUGAAGGAACAUGACUUGGGAAACGUGACGAGUGUCUAG